UGGAGGUUGAGGCAGACAGGCUACUGGUCCAGCCUGGAGGUUGAGGCAGACAGGCCACUGGUCCAGCCUGGAGGUUGAGGCAGACAGGCCACUGGUCCAGCCUGGAGGUUGAGGCAGACAGGCCACUGGUCCAGCCUGGAGGUUGAGGCAGACAGGCUACUGGUCCAGCCUGUUUUCUGGUCCUUUCUUGUGAUAUGCCUGGAUAGGGCAGCUGUGCCUCUUUUCAUUCCUGGGAGGAUAACUGGGUCAGGAGGCUGUAUGUGUGGGGCCCCCUGAGCCAAGAGGUUAGAGGGGAGCCAGAUGUUUCCAGGGGAGAUGGCAUGGUCUCAGUGGAUCUGAGUUGGCUGAGGAGUUCUACAUCAUGACUAUCCCUAUCCCCCAAGGCUGUGGGGUCCCUGCCAUCCAACCUGUGCUGACGGGUCUGUCCAGGAUCGUCAAUGGAGAGGAUGCUGUCCCUGGCUCCUGGCCCUGGCAGGUGUCCCUGCAGGACAAAACUGGCUUUCACUUCUGCGGGGGCUCCCUCAUCAGCGAAGACUGGGUGGUCACUGCUGCCCACUGCGGGGUCUCGACAUCUGAUGUGGUGGUGGCCGGCGAGUUUGACCAGGGCUCCGAUAAGGAGAACGUCCAGGUUCUGAAGAUCGCCAAGGUUUUCAAGAACCCCAAGUUCAGCAUGCUCACUGUGCGCAAUGACAUCACCCUGCUGAAGCUGGCCACUCCUGCCCAGUUCUCUGACACUGUGUCUGCCGUGUGUCUGCCCAGUGCUGACGAUGACUUCCCUGUGGGGACAGUGUGUGCCACCACUGGCUGGGGCAAGACGAAGUACAAUGCCCUCAAGACUCCUGACAAGCUGCAGCAGGCAGCCCUGCCCAUUGUGUCCACCGCUGAAUGCAAGGAGUUCUGGGGAUCCAAGAUCACUGAUGUGAUGAUCUGCGCAGGCGCCAGUGGUGUCUCCUCCUGCAUGGGUGACUCUGGUGGCCCUCUGGUCUGCCAGAAGGAUGGAGCCUGGACCCUGGCAGGCAUUGUGUCCUGGGGCAGCGGUGUCUGCUCCACCUCCACUCCUGCUGUGUAUUCCCGAGUCACAGCCCUCAUGCCCUGGGUUCAGCAGAUCUUGGAAGCCAACUGA